UAGGUUUUGUAAACAAAAAUUAGCAGUGCAUUUCGGCACUGCGUUCCCGCACUGCUAAUUUUGCCAUGACACCACUGAAUCAAGUGUUUGUUUUGAUUAAGGUGUAGACUGUAGACUGAUAAUUUGCGUAUGAGUGAUAAAGUACUAUAAUAAUAGUAAAUAUUUGAGUUGGACCAGACAUAUAGUUUGAAGUUAAAAUACAACAGUGACAAUGUUAAAACUUCUGCUUCUGUCCCUGUUUACAUGGACAGUGCAGUCUUCACGAAUCUUGGGAAUAUUCCCUACACGUGUUUCGGAUAAUGUAAUGAUCGGAUCAAGGCUAAUGAAUGAGUUAGCAAGAAAGGGACACAAUGUUACAUUUAUUACCAUACCAGAUUUGAUACCACAGCCGAAUGAGAAUAUAACGUACAUCAAUAUCGAUAACGAAUGGGAAAUUGGAACAGAAAUAAAUACAAGUUUCGCAGACAGAACCAGCAUGGGCUUCAUCCGUAGAACAGCCUGGUACUUCCGCAUAACCUACGACGUUACUGACCAACUGUUUUCAGACGCAGCGUUUAAGGCGUUUAUAAAAUCCAACGAAACAUUUGAUCUGGUGAUAGCAGAAUUUUCAGCGAACGAGGCCAUUCUUGGCGUAGCUAAAGUAUUCGAAGCACCUAUAAUUCUAGUAUCUCCCACACCAUCUUCGACCCUGAUGUCAGAUAUGUUUGCUGCUCCGGCCCCUCCGUCCUACAUACCAAAUCCGCUUACAGCUCACACCAGCUACAUGAGCUAUUUCGAACGAGUCAAUAAUUUGAUCUGCAACUCAUUUGUGGAGCAGUAUCAAUAUUAUCUAGCCCUACCUUGGCAGCGGGACUUACUCACUAGAUUUAUAGAUCCCAAGCUUAGUCUUAACGACCUUAUUGAGGAUAUCAGUUUAAUAUUAUUGAAUUCGCAUCCAUUUGUCACCGAAGCUGUACCACUUACACCAAAUAUGAUAGAAGUUGGGGGUAUGCACAUAACCUUUCCUAAGAGGGUACCGAACCAAGCCGAAGAUUUUAUCAACAAUGCUGAGGAUGGAGCAAUAUAUGUUGCAUUAGAUCCCAAUUUGAAUCAUUUUAAUUAUUUGGGGCCCGACAGAGUGGCCAAAAUCUUGGAAAUAUUUGGCAGCUUUAAACAAAGAUUCGUAUGGAAUUUCCCAGAACCUCCAAAAGAGUAUGACGCAGAUAAGGUUAUAUUUGUGAAAGACGUUGUUCAUGGGGAUUUUAUUGGACACAACAAUAUAAUAGGUGCCGUAAUAGACGGCAAUUUAUUCAGGAUAAUGGAAGCUGUCCGAUUCGGAACACCAAUUGUCGGAGUACCGUUAUUCACUGAACAAAUCCCGAAUAUUGCAAGAACUGUUCGUGAUGGAUAUGGUAUUGAGGUCAGCUUGAAAGAUAUAGAUGGGGAAAAUAUGGUUAAAGCUCUAACGCAAAUCAUAGAAGAUCCUCUGUAUAAAGCAUACGCCGAAGCAGCAGGUCUGUUUUUCGCCGAUCGACAAGUAUCUCCAAUCAAUACAGCGGUUUACUGGGUCGAAUAUGUCCUUAGACAUCGGGGAGCAAGACAUUUUCAGUCACCCGGAGUCCAAAUGCCUUUAUACAAGAGACGCCUUGUAGACGUUCUUAUUCUGUUAAUAGUAGUACAACUCAUGCUGUUCUUCUUAUUCUAUUUUAUUAUCAAGCACCUUUUACGCUACGCAAUAAAUGCCUGUAAGAGGAGGAAUGUGGGGAAAUAUGACACUUUAGACGACAGUUAUGCAGAGAAUACCGAAAGUAGUGUCAGCGGUUAGUACGUAAGCGAGAAAGAUGGUUACAUAGUCCACUCACUGUGUGAUUUUACAUUAUGUAGGUUUAGUAUUUUAUCGUAUUACUUUUUUUUAUAUAGGUUUAUACACUGUCGGAGGUCUAAGAAGUGAACAUGUAAUAGUUAACAUGUUAUGUACUGAUGUGCUUUGAAUUCGAAGGGAGAGAAGGUAUAUUUGAUAUCGGCAACUGCGCUACGUGACGUUUUUUAUAGACAACAACAGGAGCGUAUACCAAAUUAGGAGUUGUUCUGUCAAAUGUGUCGAAUAUUAUUCUGCUCCAUCACCAUCAUCAAGGAUAUUGAUUCCGGAUGGAAUGUUUGCCGCUCUUACUUAGAGCUCUCUGAUUCGCUUAUUGCGGUGAAUCGACUCCGCAUUCCACUUGUGUGCUAUCAAAGUUUGUUGUAUGUCUUGGCUUUCGUUACAAUUUUCUUCCACUCAUUUCGAUAUGUGUAUAGUUUCCCUCCAGUUUCUCACUUUAAGAAUUUUGAUAUCUCUCAUGACGCGGUCCUCCCAUCUCUCUCUGCGUCUUCCCCUCGGUCUUUCAGUUUCUGGUUUCCAUCUGGUGAUCUUCUUAAUCAGUAGGUCGUUUUUCCUUCCCUCUAUAUGACAUAGCCAUCUCAGUAUCUGCGCUUUAAUAACUUACUUACUUACUUAAGCCGUCCUCUUGUACCUUACGGUGUCGAGGUAAGUGGAGAAAUCAGACGUCUCCAUGACUUUCGGCCAGUAGCUAGUCUUUCUGCUUCUCUCCACCCAAUAUUUCUUUUUACGCAAGCCUUUCCAAUAUUUGCGUUCCCUUGCUGGCCUGCCUCUUCGUCGUUUGUUGUCAGAUGCCGCUUUCCAUACCCUCUUUACAGUUCUACCUUCACUCAUUCUCGCCAUAUGUCCGAACCACGAUAACUGUUUCUUUUCAAGUCUGUCUAAGGUCCUUCCAACACCGCACCUUUCACGUAUGUCUUCAUUUCUUAUACGAUCACGUCUGGUCACCCCGGAUACCGCAAGUAAAUAUCGCAUUUCGCAUGCUUGAAUUUUACUACGGAUGUUGUCGUUCACUGUUCACGUUUCACUACCGUAGAGUAGCACCGGCUCGUAUACAGUUUGAAAUACUUUCAUUUUUGUUUUCAGGCUUACUUCUUUCUUCCUAAUAAAACUUUUAUUUAGUGCAUAGUAUAAUUUUGUUGCACUCAUUACCCUGCUGUUUAUUUCUGGUUCUAUAUUUCCUUGCCCAUUCAUUAUUGAUCCUAGAUACUUGAAGUCCUCUACUUGUGUAAUGGUCUCAUUAUUCAGCUUUACAUUUAUAUUUUUCGAUAUUACUAAAGCUUCUGCUUUUUUAAUAUUUAUUUUCAUCCCAAAUUUCUUAAAGGCUUCAUUCCAAACAUUCAUAUUCACUUGCAAGUCUUUUUCCGAUUUUGCCACAAUUACCAGGUCAUCGGCAUAUAUCAACUCUGACACGUAAACUUAAUGAAGUUUAUACACCAACCCUAGUUCUUUUUACCUUACCCCUGCAUUAUUUUGCAAUUUCGUCCAUAAGAGUGAUGAAUAACAAAGGACGACUCAGAACACCACCUUGUCUUACACCUGUCCUUGUGUAGAAUUCUAGAGAUGAGCGAUUGUUCGUUCUUACAUUAUUACGUGUACAUUUAUAUAUACUCUUUAUUGCUUGGAUUAACUUCGGUUUCACAUUUCUGCGGUUUAAUAUUUCCCAGAUCUUGUUACGUGGCGCCCGAUCAAAUGCUUUUUCCAAGUCCACAAAACAGAGAAACAACUUACUGUUAUGCUCUAGGGCUUUUUCUGAUAACUGUCUCACCGUGAUUAUGAGAUCGGUUGUACCUCGCCCUGGCCUAAAGCCGCAUUGGCUGUCAUCCAGUGUGGCCUCGAUAUUUUCUCGCAGCUUUUUCUCUAGUAUUAUUUCGUAAAUUUUACUAGCAACUACCAACAAUGAUAACGCUUUAAUAAAUCUAACUAUAUCUUCUCCGUUCAGUAUGUCUCUUAGAUUACCGCAAAUAUUUUAAUUGUUAAACUCUUUCAAAAGUGUAAUUUUCUAUCUUGAUUUCUCUCAACUGUUUGAAAAGUGUAAUUUUUUAUCUUGGUUUCUGUCGUCCUGUUAUCUUCUCUUCUAGAUAGGGUAGAUAUUUUGUUUUUACUUCAUUAAUUUCUAGACCUCUUUUCCGUGUUUUCUUUGCCAGGAUUGUUACUGCUCCUUUUAAUCUUUCCUUGUCUCUUCCCAUAAGAACUAUAUGAUAUGCAACCAGAACUGGGCCGGGUACUGAUAAAUUGUACUCGGGUACAGAGUACCGGGUCAUAUUUGAGGAACGAGUACAGAGUACAUUGCUCAAAAAAAGUGCUCAGAGUACAAUACUCAAAGUACAAUUACCCGAAUUUCUCGGGUACUUAUUUCGAGUACAUUUGAAUAUAGAACCCGAAAAAGGUAAGAAGGUAAUAAUUAUCUCUGCCUCUCUAAACAUAUUUAUUUAUGAGUCAUGAAAACAUAAAACAACGUACAAUUCCAACUUAAAUAAAAAAAUAAGAAUUUUAAAAAUUGAUCAUUGAAUAAUACAGUAAAACCUGUCAGUAACGGCCACUAAAAAUGAAGGAACUAUGGGACGAUAUAGAAAGGUGGCCGGUAUUUCCAGUUUUUGUAGUCCACAAAUACAUAAAAGAUAAUUGGAACUUUGUUUAUUUUGUUAAUAAAAGCAAAUAUAAUUCUAUACAUAAACGGACACUACUAAAACUACUUAAUAUCGUAAUAUAAAACAAAACUAGGUAGGUACAUACUAUACUAUGGAAAAAACCGAUUUAUGUUUUACUCACUUUUAUUUUUUAUAUCCUUUGAUAAUUUGAGUUUUUAGACCAUAUUUUUUGGCCAACUUUUUGUGAAUUUAAAUCAUAUUUAUAUAUAGUGACAAACGCUUCUCUUUUACAACGCUUUUACGACAUUUUAUUGUAGAAUUUUAAGAACCUUGGGACCACCGACCCGGUGCAGGUUAUUUAAUCUCCUGUUUAAGUAGAUACAAUAGGUCCUAAUAAAUAGUACUGGGAAUUUCCAUCAACAAAUAGACAAAAUUAUUUCAACAAAAUUAUUUUGGCCGACAAUCACAUUCUAUGUCUAUAAAAUGGACUUUAAAAAUAUGUGAUUAUUUGGCCGCGUCCGUAUUAUAAAGAUGGCCGUAAAUAGCAGGUCAUAAAUAAGGAAAUAUAAAUAUAAUUGGUUUGGGGAACUUUGAAACCGGCCGUAAAUACAGGUGGUCGGUAACACAGGUUUUACUGUAAUCAGUAUAACACCACUCACACUCACUGAUUAAUUUUAUUGGCUUUUAAGAUAACUAAUUUUUCAAAGUUUCAUCAGUUCUUCAGAGCAUUUCUUUGGGGGCUAUUAAUUAUUAUGGCAUAAGAGAAUAGGCGUUUUCUUGACUUUGCGAAUGGACUGAUACUGAAAACAGCGUUUUGUGUGUUGCUAUUAAUUUGCUGUCCCACAUGCAGCGACAAGUUUAGACUUGCAAAAAGUACUCGGAAAAUGUACCUCUUAAUAAACGCGGGUACCGGGUAUUUUACCGAUACGCUACGGGUACGAGUACCGAGUACUUUAUUGAAAAUGUACUCGGGUACUGGGUACUGAGUACCCAAAAUGUACUUAGAGUACAAAAUUCGGGUACUUGUACCCGGAUACCGCCCAGCUCUGUAUGCAACUACAUAUUUGUGUUGAGGAGUGGGCUAUAGUUCCUUUAAUUCCGCUGGCCUUAAUUGUUCCUUCUACUACUCUGUUGAACUGUGUGGUUGAGAGGGAAUCGCCCUGUCGCACUCCUGUUUCUAUUGCAAUUGAUUUUGUACUUCUUUCUUCUGUCGUUACUUUUGCUAGAGAUUUGAUUAAUUUUGCUGGUAUAUCUUUAUUUUUUAUUUCAAUAAAUAAUUUAUUUCUUCCAAUACAUACAAAGACUUGUCUGAAGUCUACGAAGAGGAUGUGGAGUUCUAUGUUGUGUUCGUUGCAUUUUUCGAUAGUUUGUGUAAUUAUGUGGAUCGCAUCUGUAGUGGAUCUGCCUUCUCUGAGUCCUUGCUGGUAGUCCCCAAUUUUUUUUCUGUAAAUUGAGUGAGUUUCUAUCUGAUGAGGGCUGUUAGAAUUUUAUAUGUUGUACUCAGUAGAGAUAUUCCUCUAUAGUGGUUACAUUAUGUUAUUUCUCUAUUCUGCUCGAUAUUUAUUGGAAAAUUCUAAUCGAUAGUUUCUGUAGAAUAAGACUGAUGUGGCCUUUCCUUACCUUUCCAACCCAUUGAGCCUCUUGGGCGCUCUGGAGCACUUUUGCCGGUUUCAUUCCACUGCCUUCCGUUCUUUUUGUUCUCUGGUGUGUAUUAGUGGAUCCAGGUUUUAUCAACAGUUACCAAUCGGUUCCAAAAGUCAGAAGGAUUGAGCUUCUUAAGGUUCACACACACCGCUAAGAAGCUAUCACACGAUCAUGUUUUUUGUCAAUAGUCACUACUUUUACGCUAACGUUUUCCAACGCAUGACUAUUGACUUACUCUGCAACUUAAAAAUGAAUUGGUCGGCUGUUUGUAUGACCGAAAUUUAGUAGGGCGUUCCCAUAGACAACUUAGUAGUAGAAAAUCUCUAUAAAAAAACUUUGUUUCACCACUUUAGGCCACCUUUUCAACAUUUCUUCCUUUUGUAGUCCACUUUAAAUAGUUCUGCAGUACUGCAUUCAAAUAAUUUCUUCAAAUUUUUAAACUAACCCACAGUUCGAUUUACUAGAAUUUUACUCAGUCCUAGAUUACAAAUUUUGAAAAUUUCAAAACGCCUUAAAACAUUUUCGUUAACAAAAAUUUUCACUAUUUGUCUUUAUUUCUAGGACUUCUAUAUGUAUACAGGGUGAUCAAUUUAACUUCCUGAGAUGAGUUCUUUAUCUCCGACGUCAGGAGAGCUACAGAAAAAAAAAUGUUAUAAAAAAAUUGUGGGCGCCACCAUAUUUCAUAUUUUAAUGGCCCCUGGCCACUAGUAAGAUUGUCUAUCGAAAUUUCUAAGGGAAUUUAUAUUGCUAUUAUAAUGUUGUAGUUGUAGUAUACAAAUAUAAUAUAUUUUAAAUUUGAAAUUUUAAAAUAUAAUAUAUUUUGAAUUUAAAAUUUUUUAUUUUAAAUUCUAGUUUAAAUAAUAAUGGAAAAGAAUUUCCAUCCCUACCAAUUAAUAAUAAUAAUAAAUCUCGGUCCGACUCGGCCAACUGUAGAAAUAAAAAGAUCUCAAUUUUUGACUCAAUUAAACUCUAAUAUAAAUAAUUCAAAUGAACACUCAGGAAAGAAAAGAAAAGCAAAUUCACCUAUUUUAGAAUCAACAUCUCAUAAACCGAUGUUCCCCUUCACUUUUGGACCGUCUCAACCUUUGCCAACUAAUUCUUAUUCACCGAAUACUAAUAUCGAAAAUAAAACUGAACUAGCUAAAUCUGUAGCAACAUUUAUAAUAAACUUUUUAAAAAAUAUUCAUACAGUAGAAGACAUAAACACCUUGGACAACAAAAUAAUUAUAAAAGAAGUAGAACAGUUCAUAACUAAUUCAUAAUGUCAAUACAACAUAAUUUAAAAAUAAGUCGGUGGAAUUCCAGAUCUGUUAUAUCAAACAAAGGUAGUUUAAUGUAUUAUUUAAAUAAUAAAAGUAUAGACAUCCUCCUAAUUAGUGAAACAUGGUUCAAAAAAGAUAUUAGCUAUCAUUUUAAAAAUUAUAAUUUGGUUCUAAAAGACAGAAAUGAUGGCUUCGGUGGUGUAGCUAUUCUCAUCCACAAUUCAAUUACUUUUAGUGAAUUAAAUUUAAACUCUAAUUUUAAUACGGAAAUAGAAGUUUGUGAUGUAACAAUUAAAUAUAAAACAAAUGAUCUGAAUAUUUUAUCUAUAUAUAGACCACCUAAAAGCAAAAGUUCAGUAAAUUAUUGGACAAACAUCUUCUCGCAAGUUAAUAAUUCAGGAAUUAUAGAGAAGAUUUUAAUGCUCGCCAUACUAUUUGGGGAUCUAGUUACAAUGACACAGUUGUAACACAGCUUAUUAAUACGGAUAUUAAUAAGGAUGAUCUCAACCUUAUCGUAAUAAAUAACGGUGAGCCUACUGUUCUAACUCGACCAAAUCAAAACAGUUCAGCAAUUGAUGUAGUACAAAUAUAGAGUACAAAGGAUUAUAAGGAACAAAGAGGAGAGAUAGAUCAAGCGAGCGAUGUAGGUCAUCGGUAGAAAGCUGUAGCGAAAACUAGAGGAGACGAGGCGAAUUGUGGAAGAGCACCAAGAUUAUUGCAUCGAGGAGGAUGAUGUGAUGGUGACAUGUACAGAGUGAUAGCACAAGUAGUACGAUUGCUAUUCUAUGGAGAUAGUACAUUUUCGUCGCUAACUCUGACGUAUUUGCUUCUAGAACUAUUUGUUACGUAUUACAACUUAUAUAAACGCGAGGUAAAAAUUCUGUCGAUAAACAAAGUAGAAAUUGAUCACGCUGUAUACGUGAUAUUAUUAUAUUGUUCUCGUUACCUAAAUAUAGUCUUGAAGUAGUUUAUUAAAACUUGGCUGUGUGUCGGAAGCUAAAAGAUUAAUUGAAAAUAUACAAGAAAUAUUUUCUAAUUUACGCAAUAUAUUAUUAUGUAAGCUAGGUUUUUUAAUAAAUAUGUUUAAAAAUUUAA